CAUUUACGUUAAGGACGAAGGGAUCUUUAAAACUCCCCGUUCCGGAUACAGACGUCGCCGUCAUGCCAGCUGGCAGACUCGGCUCGCAGUACAGUAUCGACUGACGGCGAUCCAACGGAGCAUCAUCCGUCGGCCCCAUGUUGUCUCUGUGUGUGGGUAUGCUGCUUCAGCUUUUCGCACAUCAUAGCUCAGAGUGAGCCAAAUUUUAAGGCCUGUUUUGUAAGACGUGAUUCGAACACGCGACCUCAAGAGAAAAACCGUGUAGCUUACCGUACGUGGAUCUGCGCAAGGUAAAUAAAUAGAAUAAAGCUGUUGCGCGGAUAAAUCAGGCGAAUGCACAGGGUUUUAUGUGAAGAAUUGUGAGAUUAUUGUUUGUAUUUUAGUUGUCCUUUUCAGGCACGCUUGGUCUGGCACCGUUUAGGUUCGCUUUGUCUUUAGUGUUUGUCUGUUGUGAUGCUUUAGCUUCAACUUCGUCGUCGCUUCGGUUCCCGUCAAAUGCCGUGAAAUAUCUGGUAAGAAGAGAGGACCUGUGCUGCUUGCACAACGACGAAGCUUUUCCUCGGCCUCUCUCGUCGCUCUGGGAGAGGAAGAGGGAGAAAACGAAAGAGAAGAAAGGGAAAAUAAGACGGGGUCGUUUCAGCAUAAUAUUGGCAAUUUUUGUUGCGGCAGCGGGAGAGAUUAGGGUUUCAAAGGCGAUAGCAUGAUGGAGCAGUUUAUCAAUUUUGUGAUUCGGCCUCCCAGGGCGGAGUAUAGUCCAGAUCAGUACCUGUGGGAGAAGGAAUUUACCCUUGCAGGACGGAAGUACUGCAGACAAGAUUUAGAGAUCAAGAAUGAUCGGGGCCAUGUCUUGCAAUGCAGUCACUAUCUUCCAUCACCAUUUCUAGAAGACUCAUCACUUCCUUGUGUUAUUUACUGCCAUGGAAACAGUGGCUGUCGAGCAGAUGCUAAUGAGGCAGCAGUUAUACUUCUACCUUCGAACAUUACAGUUUUCACUCUUGAUUUUUCUGGCUCAGGCCUGUCCGAUGGUGAUUUUGUGAGUCUAGGAUGGCAUGAGAAAGACGACCUCAAAGCAGCUGUUUCCUAUCUGCGUAGUAUGAAAAAUAUCUCUUGCAUUGGGCUAUGGGGAAGAUCAAUGGGUGCUGUUACAAGCCUUCUUUAUGGAGCAGAGGAUCCAUCAAUUGCUGGGAUGGUAUUGGACAGCCCAUUUUCAAAUUUAUUUGAUCUCAUGAUGGAACUGGUUGAUGUCUAUAAAAUUCGCCUUCCCAAAUUUACGGUGAAAGUGGCUGUCCAGUAUAUGCGACGGGUUAUUCAAAAGAGAGCUGGCUUUGAUAUAAUGGAUCUAAAUGUUGCCCAGAUAGCUCCAAAAACCUUCAUUCCAGCGCUGUUUGGACAUGCAACUGAAGAUGUAUUCAUCCAGCCACAUCAUUCUGACAGCAUUUUCGAAUCAUAUGCGGGAGACAAGAAUAUAAUUAAGUUUGAGGGUGAUCACAAUUCUGCACGUCCCCAGUUCUACUAUGAUUCAGUGUCAAUCUUCUUCUAUAAUGUCCUUCGCCCUCCACAACUGCCAGCUACAGGGACUCCUGCAGCUGAUAAAUAUUUUGAGCUUGGCGCAUUACGGCUGGGCAAUGCAGUGGAUGAGAAUUUACUGUAUGAGAUCAUCACUGGAAUCCGUAUGCUAGAGCCUGGAGCAGCUAGCUCUUCUUCAGCUCCUUGCACAACCAAUGGAUCCAGCAUGCCUUUACCAAAUGAAGCACUUCAUGAGUCCGAGUCUUCUGCAGAAAUCCAGAAAAUGAUUGUGCCAGAAGGAACCAUAGAACAACAUGAUGUUGUCUUUGAGCUAGGGGGAGAUGAGGUAGAAUCAUGUUCAGGACGGGGUAAAGGGAAUGGUCAAAAUGAUGACUGCUCCUCAUAUUCAAGCUCAAAUCGUGAAAGUUGGGGAAGAUGUUCUUCCUUGGGAGUGAGUGAUGAAGAGUCAUCCAUUGAAAACUUUGCACCUUUUUCCUUGAAUGCAAAUGAUGAACAGGCAGAUAAAGUAGAUGCACUAAAAGGGUUAACUGCACCCAAGAAAGUUCCGAAGGCAAAAACUGAGAAAUUGGAAGCUUUAGGUCAGCGGGUAAGAUUGAGCAUCCUAAAAAGGAUACGCCACAAGAACAACAGUUCUACAUGAUUGCUAUAUUAUUUGGUAAUAUACUAGUCACUUUCAAAUAUUUUUGCAAAGCGUUAAUCGUGUAUGUGCAGCAGAAUUACUUUCUGCUCAAUUGAAAUAUAUCAUAUUUCUCGGAGAUGUAUAUCACACUUUUCCAUGCCUAGGGCAUUGAUUAACAAGAGGAAACUGCAGUUUAUUUGUAUCAUAGACUGGUCAUCAUGUAUAGGACUGCAUCAUUGAAGAAUUUUUUCAGUAUCUGCUAACAUAAAGUUCGUCCUUUCUCCGGUGUUUUGAGGGAGAAUAGCUAUAUUUCUGUAAAUUGCAUCCUUUUCGGUGUCUUGAAAGACUAUUCUUCUGUAAGUCCUUAUUUAACUAAUUUUGAGAAGCUGCAGUGCAUGAUGUAGCUUUGUCAA